UCAUGUUUUCCAAUGGUUAAAUGUAGCAUCUAGAGGCUGUUAAUUUGGCUCUCUCAAGAUUAGGUUUUCUUUUCGACACAACCAACGGUUGUAAGCGAAUCGGGGUACUCAUUGAGCCUGUGAAUCUAACUAUGAUUAGAGAACUCGUACAGGAAGGCAUCUGUUAAAGGAAUGGAGUCUCCAAGCUUUAGGGAACAUUGGCCAUAAUAGGACCAGAAGUAAAAAAUAUUGUAUUUUGCAGAAUCUGUUGUGAAACAUAGCGAUUAUAUUCACGAGAAAGUAAUUUUUCUUCGUGAUGGGAAGGUUGAUUGAUUAACAAUAGUAGAGUUCAGUCACGCCAACAUCACUUUUUAUUUCUGAGAUGACACCUAUCAUGUUGUCUAGGCAUAUAGGUUUUGGGUAUAACAAUGUACUGUGUAGUCUCUAGGAACCCAUCUCAUUCCUUUUUUUUAGGGUUUCAGCUCCACAUGUUUCUUGAUAAGACAAGCCAAGAUAUGUGGAUCGUUUGGAUUUGAUAUGAUGCUUGUUAAUAAAUAUGCUGAGAAAUCUGGAGGCAUAGACGAGGGAUCUUCUGCUUCAUCUCGAGAAGAGAAGGAAAAUAUCCUAUUCUUUUGUAGUUUAAGAAUUUUUCUAGUAUAGAUCUGGUGCUAUUUAUAGAAGGUAUUAAGACUGGACAGAUUUUUCAGUCUCAUUGAAAGGGCCUAUCCAAAGUCUAGUUUUGUUUUGUCAAAAAAAGUCAUACCCAGAGUAGCAAUGCUGAUAAACGUUGGAGAACUGUGGGAGAAACCCAUUCCUAUAGCUGAUGAUGAAUCCAUUCCUAGUUACAGCAUAGAAGGUUCCCCAUCUCAUGAAGAGUAUACAUAUUUUAAGAACUUUUCCGCAGGGAUAAGUCUGGGAUCAGAUCUUGCAUAUGGUGUAAGAGCAAUGGAUUUUAUAAAGGAUUUAGAUGAGAUUUGUCCUGAGAAACAGAUAAACAGCCACUCUGCUAAAACUAUCGAUAACCAUUAUGCCUUCAGUCAUGGGGUUUCUAGUGAAUCCAAAGGAAGAAAGAGGGCUAUUGGUAUUCAGGUUACUGAAGAUUUAUCAUGUGCUCAUACUUCAAAAUCAAUGAGAGUUUUGUCUGAAACUAAAGAUCGGCAUAGUAAAGUCAAGACUGCAAGAGGACAUCGGGACACAAGGGUGAGAUUGUCUCUUUCUACUGCUUUUAAAUUUUAUGAUGUACAGGACAGAUUAGGGUAUAAGCAUCCGAGCAAAGCCCUAGACUGGCUUAUAAGUAAAGCACAAACUGCCAUAGAUGAACUGCCACAACCAUUAUACGUAUCCAAGACAAACUGCACAGUCUGUAACUUUAUCUCAAAGACUUGUAGUACUUCAUUAGCUACAGAUCAAGCUAUUUCAACCUCUUCUCACACUAAUGAUGGAUGCUCAACAAAUAGUUCAGUGGAUACAAGUAGAUCUGAGGAAGAAGGAAAUGAAGAACUUUUGAGGUCUUAUGCCCUCAUGAAUUUGGGGAUCCCUCGGCUUGUUUCAGAUCCAGAAGUUAUGUCUCUUUCCACAAGGUAAAUUGUUGCUUCUUCCAGACAGGGAAUAUUCUGCACUUUUCUUAGUAAUCUCAAGUCUCAGCUCCUUCAAUGUAAAUAUAUGUCCUAGUAGUUUGUUAACUGUCUUGUUUUCAAGUGUGUGUAUAAGCUCUUAAGGAUGCAACAAAAGUCUAGACUUCUAACAAUUCAACGUGAAGUUCAAUGAGCUUUUAUCUCUUAGUAGAUUGAAAUUGAGGUUAAGACUUUCAUAAGUUUAACUUUUAAUGACAUAUCUCUUCGGAAAAUGC